UUUAGAUAACCAAGAAGAAACUAAAUUUUGUAUUCAUUGGGUAUUAUAUAAUAUUGGGUUGUAUUUAAUGUCACAAUUUGUGGGUCUUGCAAAAUUUGUCCUACCAUGUUGGAGAUUUUUGGCCCUUUUUUUUGGGUUGUAUAAAUAGGAUUACAGUGUUUGCAACUUUUUUUGUUUUUGUUUUUUUUUUUUUUUUUUUUACAGUGAUUUCAAAUUUUCGUAUUCAUUUUUUGAUUAACAUCCCAUUACCUGUAGCUAUUUUGCUAUUUUGAUUUGAUUUAUUGUCCUUAAUGAGCCUUUAUGCUUUGAAUGUGGCAAAGUGAGACCCAUGAAGUAGAUUUUUUUUUUUUUUUUUUUUUGCUAUGAAAUUUGUUGUUCUAAGUCUCAAUCUUGUUAGUUAUCAGUGUGAUGUUAUUGUCAUCUGUAUUUUUCCAAUGUUUUGAAGCUAUUCUGCAGCUGUAGGAGAUAAUAUAAGCUCAGGUUACUUGUGAGGAAUUUCAGUUACUCCUGAACUCAACUCGCUCGGUAAAUCAAGCCAUGGCCUCCUGCAGCAGAAAGAAGAAAUCGGAGAGCGACAGUUUUCUCGCCGAUGUGAGGGACCACAUCGACGAAUUCAUUCAUGCAUCAAUGGAUGAGCACAAAAGUUGCUUUCAGAAGACCAUCCAGAAGAUGUUCGGAAUGUCGAAAGUUGUAGCGGAAAGAGCGGAAAGAGCUUCUGAGACGAAGGAAAUCGAGAGCUCUCUGCCCCUUCGGACAACUGUUUCUCAGUAGGAAACUAUCUAGAAUUAGGUUAGCGGCAUCUUGUGAGAUCUCAUCAAAUCAUCAAUGCAAUAAUCAGAUUAUCUUAGAUGCUUUUAAUCUCUUUUUCUUUUCGGGUAUCAUACAUGGAAUAUGUGGGGAUUAAGCAAAUAAUGUAUGCAACUGUGUUUGUUUUAAUCGACAAAACUGCGAUAGUGCCUCGCCGAUCCAAAUAAUCAA